AUGAAGAAACCAGACGAGGAUGAUUUCGGCGUGCCAGAUGAUGUGCCAGCCUUUUCAAGUGCUGGAUCCACCCGAGGCUCCAGAUCUGGUCGGCAAGGACAAAGCAAAGCUUCCAGCAGCGCAGGCGCCGAGAAAUUGAAGUUGUGUGCGUAUCAUGAUUGUGAUCUUGAUUGCAAAGCAGGGCGGAGACACUGUGCUCAUCACCAUAGGCAUCUUGACAACUGUAGGAAUCAGGUCUUGAAGGUCAAGGGACCUGAGGCCUGCAAGAAAUGGGUUGAGCGAUGCAAGGACAUCGAGUUCGCCAACACUCAGGUGGAGUACAUGGCCAAGCUCAGCAUCUCCCUUCCCAUGUUCGCGCACAAUCCUCUAAUAGAUUUUGUUCAGUGGGAGCAGAAGUUCGGGGUCCUUGUGGAAAGGAAGGAGGCAGCGGUCACCAAACCAUUUGAGGAAACUCAAUGGGUCAUUGAGCAGGUCAACGUCUAUGGCCGUGACAAGAAGGAGAUGCAAGAUGAGUGGAAGGUCAAGAUUGCAGGUCCGUGGAAGCGUGACAACAAUGGUUACAAAGGAGCCUUGAGAUUGUGGUUGCCUGCCGGUGAGUAUGAGGAGACUGGGACAACACAAUUUGCACAAGGUUCGUCCACGGAAACUUCCAAGGGCAAGAAGGCUCCGAAGGCUUCUGAAGUGGAAGCAUUCCGUGCUCAUGCAAUGGAGGUUGGGUUUGAUUUGUCGCACCCCUUCUUCAACGGAGGUGGCCAUGAAUCUGGUGUGCUAGAGCCUGAAGAGAUCGGACAUGACCAGCCAGCAGGCUCAGGUGGUGAUGAUCCUGCGGACCAACGUGUCAGCUCAACUCAGUCGACUCCAACCAAGCCAACCUUGAAGCGGAAGGGGGCAUCAGACAAGCUGGAUGCCAGUGAAGAAGAAGGUGAGGUUGAUGCCAAGUCCCGGAAGUCAACUGCGUCAGGCAAGAAGCGCAAGACUUCGAACAUUGCAAGCCAGCGCGCAGCCAUGUUCGACUCCUUGUCCAAGCAGCUUGCUUUGAAGUCAACCUCAAUCAAGACCAAGAUUGAGGAAGCGAAGACUGCUCAGGCCAAGGAGAAGCAGUCACCACCGCCCAGGAAUGCCACUGAUCAGACCACACGCAAGCUGUACAAUGAAGCUUUGCUCAAAUGCCUCACCCUUGGCAAGGCUUGGUUCAGUGCAAGCGAUGUCAGUGCGGAGGUGUCCGAGCACAACAAGCAGAUGGAGGCACAGAAUGAGGGUGACAAGAAGGUUGACAUCAAUGCCAAAGACACACUUCCAGAACAGUGUCCAGCUUCGUUGAAAAAGUGUGCAACAGAUGUCACAAAGCACAUUGCAGGGCUUGCAGCUGCAGUGGAGAGGGAGGAAAAGAAGCGCAAGGAGAAAGAGCAGAAAGACGCCGAAGCCAAACACUUGGAGCAGUCGCGUGCCAAGCUGAAGCAGGCUCAGGCUGAUGGCGCAGGCAUGGCAGCCGUGUUCAAGUUGGGGACGGAUGGUGUCCAAGCUAUGAAGAUCCUCGAGAGCAACUCCAUUUCCAGUGACGCUGACCUCAGUUUGCCUUUCGUGCUUCGCAAGUCGAGCCAUUUGCAAGCGUGGACCUCCCAGCCAAUCCUCUUGCAGACCAUGACCAAUUUUGGUGCCAGGUACAAGAAGACAGCCGGCUUUGAUGUCACAGGCAAGGUGACCAUGCCGUAUGUUGCCAGGGCUGGCAAGGAGGUGACGGAGAAAUUCUUCGCCGAUGUCGUUUCGCCUGUGCAGGAGAAGAUCGUGGACAUUUCAGAGUUUGCUCCAGGAUGGAUGGGUACAUCAUGGAUGUAUGGCCUCAGCCCCAAGACAUCGUUUGCAGGGUUGAGCCCAAAUUCAGCAGCGUUUUUGAAGGUCCUUCUGUAUGGAGAGCUGGACAUGUAUUGCCUCGGUGUAGCAGACGUGCUGGAUGCUUUCAAGUCCGCAAAGCUUUCCAUUCCGAAGACUUCCGCUGAGUUGGAGCAGGCGCUCGAAGCUUUGGAUGAAAGUUCAUGGAAGAGCCUGGGGGUAAAGCCUUUCCAUCACAAGCUCGUUCGAGAGGACAUCGUCUAUGUGCCGACAGGCCAUGUUCUUCUCGAAAGAACAGGGGCAAGCACAAUGAUCUACGGUGCCAGGAAAUCCUUCAUCGUUGCAGGCGAGAGUGCAAUCAAGAAUUACGGAGCUUGCGUGACCCUCCAGGAAAAGGAGGGGAAAAAUGUGGUGAAGAUGAAGCAGGUCGUGGAAGCUUUGUCCAAGCAUGGCCAGAAUGCUGAGAAGUGA